UCUACCCGCAGUUACCUUCGUUAUCGAUGUAAUCGACAUUGCCCGAGGUGUUACCUGCCGCGCAAUGUUUAUACACAAUGGACAAGGAGCUUCAGUUACGCCAUUAACGCCGAAACGUACGGACGUAAAAUUUUGUUUGAUUUUGUAAUUUAUUUCAAUUCUAUUGCGUAAUAUAAAAUCGUGUACGAAUAUUGCAUAAUGUGACGGUUACGGUUUGUGAAUUUUGUUCAACUCAUGUGUGCUAAUAGUUAAUCGUAGUUAUUACAAUUAAUAUUUAAUGUUUGUUAAAAUAUUCGCGCGUUAUAUUCGUGAGUGAGUGUUGUUUUUGAUAAUGGAGGAAAGAGAAGCUGUUAGAUUAUCCACUGCCAAGUUAUUAUCUACGAACGUCACACGAGCAACAAGGUCAGCAAAUAAGCAAGGGAAAGAUAACCAAACAAGUAGUCAUAUCCUCGUCAAUGUGAGUAUGAAUUUCGUACAUAUUUUAUUACGUAGUAGCAUAGAUUUAUAUUUCGAGUCUUGUGAUACGUUACUAUAUGCAAUAAUACAUUUUUUUAAUCGAUUCAUACUUUAUAACGUACUUCUAUUAAUCUUCUCAUACGAACUUCAUAUACAUUACACUACUACAUACUACUACAUAGUAGUAAAUACAAAAAUAUAGCCUAAUGUACAGAAGACUCGAAAUACUAUAAACAUAUUAGUCAUUAUGCCAUUAGUCACGCAAUCAAUAUACAUGUAAACAUACUACAUACGAUUCAGAAACGUAAAAAUAAUAACAUAAAUCAAUGUUAACGGUAUUCCAUACUGUAAAUUUAUCUAAAAAUUUUUCUUCCAAACCAUCUACUUACAACUACGUAUAAUACAAAUAUUCAUCGUGCCAACGUCAUAUCAUAUUAGGUAAAAAUUGUAAUUAAAGCUUAGCUGAUACAUUUUCGCAUUUCCAAAAAGUUUUUCGAUCCGUAUUGUCGAUUCAUAAUCUACAUCGUGUCCAAGACGCGAGCGGAACGAUGCGUCGCGCGUUUUCGCAUCUUCGUAGCUUUAUUAUCGUAAUCCCAUGGCGUCGAUAAGCCCAUUACCGUGUGUCUCUACCGAUGCUUGGUAAUGUAUGCGCCGGAACGUAAUAAAAAUCGACUUACACGAGCGGCCGGCCGGUCUUCUAGCCACCUUUCUCCGCGUGUAUACCAGCUUCUAUCGGGCGGCACGCUUUUAGGUGUCGCUAAAACUUUAAUCAAAGUCAGAUUAGCCACGAAGGGAUGACACCGAGGCUACCGAGGGCGGUUCGCGGGGUGGGAUGAGGCGGGAAUACCAGGGGCCGGGCGUUUUAUUAAACGGGACUUGAUUAGGGGUUGCCAAGAUCCUUUCAGAGUUUGUUUUCGACUGGUUUCCACGGAGCCGCGCUUUCAUUACUCCGGUUUCGCAUAAUUGACACGAUCGUUCGCUAAGGGGGAAAAAAAGUUGGCCACUCUGUCACUCUGUUCGGUUAUUCUAUUGCCGGAAAGGAAAUUGCAAAUUAUUCACCUUCUUUUUACAUUUUGAUGAA